CAAAAAAAAAAAAGGUACAAUGACAAACACAAACUGACAGUUAUACUCAAUACAAAUAAAAACAUAGACCAAUUUCAGAAAACAUAUACUCAGUCCAUAGAAAAGCAUAUACUCGGUCAAAAGAAAAACAUAGACCAAUUUCAGAAAAAUACUCCAGAAUGUCACUACAGUAUUAACAACCUCAAAUGCUGGGAUAUUGGCGAUCCAUCGUACCGUUGCCUUCACUGUGGUGCCAUAUUUUGGUACGCCGAGCGACUGGGAAAGCCAUCUAAACCCACAGUUCCAAAGUACUCUAUCUGUUGCAACCACGGAUUCAUCGAACUUCCACCUGUUUACAUUCCUCCGCCAUUUAUGUGUGAGCUGAUUUUUGGCACAAGUCCCCGAAGCAAGCACUUUCAAGAAAACAGUCGGUCCUACAAUAACAUGUUUUGUUUUACAUCCAUGGGAGGGAAGAUUGAUAACAACAUCAACAACGGCAGCGGCCCGCCAGUAUUCCGUUUGCACGGUCAAAACUACCAUUUAAUGGGUAGUUUAUUACCCGACCAUGCUGCUACUCCCAAAUUUGCUCAAUUGUACAUCUAUGACACAGAGAAUAAAAUAUCGAACAGACUAUCAUCUGUGAG